AAAAAAGUUCUUUGCAAGUUAUGCAUGUAACUGUCACUAAUAAUUUUCUCUAUGCUUGCUAAUACAGUGCAGCAUAUGAUGUACGGCUUUGGAGAUGAUCCCAAUCCUCUUCCUGAAAGUGUGGCGCUUAUGGAGGAUAUUAUUGUGGAAUAUGUCACGGAAUUGGUACAUAAAGCUCAAGAUAUUGGAUCACAGAGAGGGAAACUAUCAGUUGAGGAUUUCCUUUAUUUGAUUCGCAAGGAUUUGCCAAAACUUAAUCGAUGUACAGAAUUGUUGUCUAUGAAUGAAGAGCUGAAACAGGCAAGAAAGGUUUUCGAAUCAGAUGAAGAGAAAUUGAGGAAGGUUUUUGAAGUGGACGAACCAGUUGAAUGAUGAAUGAGAAAAAGAU